CAGAGGACUGUGAGUGUGUCGAGUGUUGGUCUUCCACCACUUGAGUGUUUAUCCCUCACACUGCACCUCCAGAGGGAUUCUAUUACUCAACUGAAGAAAAGGGAGUGUACAGUGGUUCAUGAUGUUAGCGAUGAUGUAUGUAUUGCUGGCUGCUCUGAUGGGGCAAGUGGCAGGAGAAUUAGCUGCCCCAGAGAGGUCGUACAAGAUUCUUAUGCUCCUACCUGUAUCCACUACAAGCCACAAGAAUUUCUUCAUGCCACUUGCUGAGGCUCUAGGUGACCGUGGACACAAGUAUUCUGGGUACCAUCUGGAGAAGACUCGGCCAGGACAUCACCGGCAAACCUUCAAGAAGAAGAGAAGAAACCAUCAUAAAGUAGUUAUGUUAACCAAUGAUCCAAAGUCUUCCAAACAUCCCAACAUCUAUGAGAUCGACCACGGUUUUAAGAUUUUCGGUGAAGAAAAUGUAUUUGAAAGCCGUAAUGACCUGACAGGCAGUUUUUCUUUGUUCAUUGUUGAUCUUCCGCCAGUAGCGCAGAACUUAUACAAAAUCCCCAAGGUGAAGGAGCUUUACGAAAAUAGGAAGGAGUUUGACCUCUUUAUAGUCGACCAUGCAUUCAAUGAGGUGGUGUACCCAUUCCUGCAUGAGGCUACCUUCAUCAUGGUCACCACACCAGGGAUUGACUACCGUCAGAGUGCUGUCCUUGGCAAUGUUCUUCAUCCAGGUUACAUCCCCAACCACAUGGAUGAUUUCCCACGCCCGUAUUCCAUCUGGAAUCGCAUUUAUAACACUAUUUAUCAAAUAGGAUUUUCGAUUUACUGGCGCAAUUGGGCAGUCUUGCCACUUGUGCAGAAAGAGAUCUCAGCUCAGUUCCCUGAUCUGCCGCCGUUGUUGGACAUAGAAAGGAACCUGAGUUUAGCGUUGGUGAACACCCAUUUUUCCAUUAGCUUGUCAAUGCCCCUCUUGCCCUCCCAAGUGGAGGUGGGUGCUCUGCACUGUCGUCCAGGCAACCCCCUGCAUCAGGAGUUAGAAUCAUGGAUUUCGGAGGCUGGGUCUGCUGGCGUCAUUUACUUCAACUUAGGCUCUCUUGCUAGCAGCGGUGAUAUACCAGUAGAGUACCGCAACCUCUUCAUCCAGGCCUUCCGCAGGCUGCCACAGCGAGUUAUCUGGAAAUAUGAAGGAGAGCUGAAAAACAUAUCUGAUAAUGUGAUGCUCACCAAAUGGCUCCCUCAACAGGAUAUUCUUGCUCAUGACAACGUGAAGGUGUUCAUCACACACUGUGGUCUCCUCAGCUUGCAAGAGUCCAUCUAUCAUGCUACACCUCUCCUCGCACUGCCCAUCUUUGCUGACCAGCCCAGGAAUGCCAUGUUUGUUAGGAACUCUGAACUAGGACAUUUUCUGCUGUGGGAAGAGCUUACUGAGGACAUGAUCAUUGAUGCUCUCACCGAUAUUAUCACCGACCCUAAGUAUAAAGAAAAUGUGUCGAGGAUGUCAAUGUUGCUGCGAGAUCAGGUGACCACGUCCAAGGAGCGAGCAGUGUUCUGGACGGAGUACGUCAUCCGUCACCAUGGAGCGCCUCACCUGAGGUCCCCGGCAGCACAGCUCUCCUGGGUGGAGUUCCUCAUGCUCGACGUUAUCUUACUCCUUCACUUGGCUUUAUUUAUCAUUUUCUUCAUACUGCGUCGCAUUCUGAGAGUCCUCUCUGCCAAAAUCUUCAAUGCUCACAAGAGUAAGAAGAAGAUGGAAUAAGAUUUAAUUUUUCUCAUCCAACAGUUUCACUUUCACUCUGUUAGGUGAUCCUUGGUAAUUUACACAUAUGUUACUAUGUAUGAUAAUUUGAGUAACUGUAUGUAUGUGUUCCUGUAACUAAAUCAACUUACUUUUUCCCUUCAUACAAUAUUUUACAAAGAAAAUGAGUUUUUUUUUUUUAUUUGUGGUAUUUUAAAUAAAACUAUGGAAACAUGGAA